AUGCCAUCAGUCCAGCCUGUGCCAGCAGUACAGCCUGUUCCAGCCUCCGUGCCAGCAGUCCAGCCUCCGUGCCAGCAGUCCAGCCUGUUCCAGUCUCUGUACCAGCAGCCCAGCCUGUUCCAGCCUCCAUGCCAGCAGUCCAGCCUGUUCCAGGCGCCAUGCCAGCAGUCCAGCCUGUGCUGUCUCCCCAAAAGCUGCCUGUUCCCGUGCCAUCUCCCCAAAAGCUGCCUGCUCCCUGAAAUCUGCCUGUUCCCAUGCUGGCUCCCUGAAAGCUGCCUGUUCCAGUCUUCGUGCCAGCAGUCUUCCCUGUUCCAGUCUCCGUGCCAGCAGUCUUGCCUGUUCCAGUCUCCAUGCCAGCAGUCUUGCCUGUUCCAGCCUCUGUGCCAGCAGUCUUUCCUGUUACAGCCUCCGUGCCAUCAAUCCAGCCUGUGCCAGCAGUCCAGCCUGUUCCAGCCUCCGUGCCAGCAGCCUGAGGACCUGUCUGCCCUGGCCUCCAGGCCUGAGGCCCUGUCUGCCCUGGCCCCCAGACCUGAGGACCUAACCGCCUUUGCUUCUGCCUUCCCUGCCACAGGAUCUGGUCAGGAGAUUUCUGAAGCUGAGGAACAGAAUGCUGUUGAGGGCGAUCCUCUCCGAGUGUGGGUUAUGUGA